GUUCAACCUCGAAGUAGCUCGGUACCUGCUCGGUCGGCUCAAUGCCUUCAUCAACUCUUUUCAGCUGUUGUUAUAGCACUAUCAGUCUAUCACUAACAGCUUAUUUAUAUCUUCGCAGUUGAUCGUGCACGGCCGAACGUAUCAUGUGAAUACGUACUAAUCAAUGAUAGCUCGGGUGUGCAAGCUCACAAGCGGGAUAUACAAGCUGUCAGCUCGCCUGAUGGAUGGCCCUUCAGAAACGGAGCCUCUCCUGCGACCAGCGCAGGUCCAGCAGAAGGUGACCACCGACAUUCCAGUGGAAGGGUAUUCGUCUGUGCAAGAUGAGUCCGACCAUAACGUGUUCGAUAACGUGCCUGAUGCAAAGAAGCAGAUCGGACUCGCUAGUGCAGUGAUGCUUAUAUUCAACAGGGUGUUUGGAACUGGCGUUUUUGCGGCGCCUAGCAUUAUCUUGCGGUCGUCAGGGAGUGUAGGAAUGACUUUCAUUAUGUGGAUACUCGGUGCACUCGUCGCAUCCACAGGUACUGCUGUUUUUGUGGAGUUUGGGACGGGACUGCCGAGGAGUGGUGGGGAGAAGACCUACAUGGAAUACAUCUAUCGCCGACCGAGGUUCAUGAUUACUUGCUUCUACGCGAUAUAUGGAUUGCUCAUAGUGAACACCUUGAAUGCCCUCGCAAUCCAGCCUACCACUGUUAAUGUCCGAGUAGUCGCCUUCCUGUGCUCAACAUUCUGUCUCGCUGCCCACGGUGCAUUCUUGGAUUAUGGACUGAAACUACAGAAUGCACUGGGUUUUUUCAAGUUAUCUGUGUUGCUCAUCAUCGCUGUUUCUGGGCUCUUCAGUCUCGCCGGUGUCCCUGGAUUCGCCGUACAUGCCGGAUACAAUAUUCCACACAAUUUCACGUGGUCGUCUUUUUGGGAGGGAAGUGAUAUAGGCAUGAAUGGAUUCGUCACUGGAAUGUAUAAUGUCAUCUGGGCUUACAACGGAUACUCUAAUGCCAAUUAUGCUUUAUCUGAAGUGCAAGACCCUGUCCGCACCAUCAAGCGCGCUGCGCCCCUUGCCAUGGUCCUUGUCGCGAUCGCAUACUUGUCUGUGAACGUCGCGUACUUUGCUGUUGUAUCCAAGCAAGACAUGUUGGAAGGUGGCACCAUGGCAGCAGCUCUAUUUUUCAGGAACAUCUUCGGUCCUGCUACAGAGCGGAUUUUGAGUGCUAUUAUUGCGCUGUCAAUACUAGGAAACCUUCUGAGCAUGCUGUUCACGCAAGGCAGAGUCGUCCAAGAAUUAGGUAGAGAAGGUGUUCUACCACUUUCAUCUUUCUUCGCCAGCAACAAGCCUUUCGAUACACCCCUUGCUGGACUCUUCACUCAAUGGCUCAUUUCUGUUAUCACCAUGGUUGCUUCUCCUCCUGGAGAUGCCUAUCUCUUUUUCGUAAAUUUCUCAUCGUACCCCAUCACGAUGUUUAAUAUCCUGGUAUCUGGUGGCCUCCUCCUUCUGUACACCCCUGCAUUCAAAUCCUACGAGUGGUCCCCUCCGUUCCAAGCGUGGAAGUCCGUCGUUAUAUUCUUUUUCUUAUCCAAUAUCUUUCUUGCUAUUGUGCCCAUGAUCCCACCGUCCCCAGGAUUCGACGUUUAUGAACAUCUCCCAUAUUGGUCCCACGUCCUUCUAGCAGUGGUAAUUGGUAUACUUGGCAUUAUAUAUUGGUUUGUUUUCUUCUACUGGAUACCCAAGAAGCAUGGAUACCGUAUCGUGCAAGAGACUGUCUUACAGGAUGAUGGGGUCUCACGGAACGUCCUUCGGAGAAUACCAAAUGGAUCAGGUGAAGGAUGUACGUAAAUGUAAAGUCCCUGUAUGUAUAUUGGCUUCUAGAUGCUUAUCUCGACGUACAAGCGUAGGCAUUUGGGUGCACGCUGACGAAAUACCUGAUAUAGAUACAGUUAUGAUUGGUCUCCAGUCUCGGAUAGAAAACUGUGUAUUAUGAUAUACCUAGAUAGAGGCAUGAUUGGUCUACAAUAUAAGUCAGUAUGAGUAAGAAAACUAUGGAUGAACGGACGUACCUCAAGACUGAGGUAACGCGAAAACGGGUGUCUGGUUGUCAAGUGAGUGUAUGAAUGAAUACCAUAUAUG